AUGUCUUUCCCCAGCGACCGACCAGAGGACUGUGCCACCCGAAUCGGCAUGGGUGUAGCCUCAGGAGCGGUGACAGGCGCCUUCCUGGGCGCCGUGGCGUCCAACUGGGGAGACAUCCCACUGGUGCUGCGUAACAAGCCCCUGCCCGCCCUGCUCCGGACGGGGAACGUCAUGGUGAACUACGGCGCCACCCUGGCUGUAGUGGGCCUCACGUACAGCGCUGUCGACUGCGUGGCUGAGAGCCUUCGUGGCAAGCAGGACUGGGUAAAUGGAUCUCUCGCGGGCCUUGCUACUGGUGGAGUCCUGGGAAUCCGAAUGGGCCGCAUCCCAGUCGGCAUUGCUGCGGGGGCUGUCCUGGCCUUCACCUCCGCUAUGGUGGAUGUGAGCGGGCAGAAGCUACGGUCUGAUGGGUAUGUAGACGAUGGCGCCACCACAGGGCGCACAGUGUACCCCUAUGAUGCCUAA